CAGUAUGAUUCUGCCCCAACUUCAUCGAUGGCACUCAUGAAGCACGUUGUCCAUGUCAUGUUCUCGGCGGUGCUUUAUGGUAUGACAGCCUCUGCUGUCGUCGCCUUUGACAUCUCGUCAAACAAGAACUUGGCUGUAUAUUGGGGUCAGAAUUCCUACGGGGCGUCCCAUUACAAUGACAAAGCUCGCUGGCAGCAGCGGCUUGCACAUUACUGCAAGGAUAGUGUUGUUGAUAUUUUUCCCAUCGCAUUUCUCACCGAGUUCCAUGGGGAGGGUGACCUGCCCUCCAUAAACCUCGGCAAUACUUGUAACAGUGGUAACAGCGUGGAGUUUGCGGGAACGCAACUCCUCGAUUGUUCUUUCCUUGCAUCGGAUAUCGAAGAAUGUCAAACUGCUGGCAAGAUCGUUACUCUCUCGAUCGGUGGCGCCACUGGAAGCAUUGGGUUCCAGAACGAUGCUCAGGCUACUGAAUAUGCUCAGGUUAUCUGGGACAUUUUUCUAGGUGGAACGAGCUCCACCCGCCCCUUUGGAACUGCGGUACUUGAUGGCAUUGAUAUGGACAUCGAGGGUGGUUCCCAGACAGGAUAUGCAGCGUUCUUGAAUACACUUCGCAAGCUGAUGGACACUAGCAAGAAGAAAUUCUAUUUCACCGCAGCCCCUCAGUGUGUCUUCCCAGACGCGUAUUUGGGCGAUACGCUCAAUGCCGUAGGAUUCGAUGCUAUCUAUGUUCAAUUUUACAAUAACUGGUGCGGUCUGCAAAACUACAAUAACGCUGAUGCGUGGAACUUUGGCACUUGGGACCACUGGGCGAAGACCAUUUCUCCUAAUCGCGACGUGAAGAUAUACAUCGGCGCUCCGGCUUCACCGUCAGCGGGAUCGGGCUAUGUCGAUGCUUGGAGGCUGUCAACAAUAAUCCGAGAGACUAUGGCUCAAUAUUCCUCAUUUGGUGGCGUCAUGCUUUGGGACGUUUCACAGGCGUAUGCGAACAAUCGCUACGACAAGUCUGUUAAGAAUGCGUUGGUUCAAAACCGCUCUCCGACGACUAUUGUUAGUCCGAUAGCAACGAGCACAACCGUGACGAAGACCGUUACCACUACGUCUCCAACUUCCUCAUCUACCUCUUGCUCUGGGAUAAAAUCCUGGAAGAAGAGCACAAUUUACGUCAAAGGCGACAGAGCGACAUAUGAUGGACAUCUGUGGAUGGCGAAGUGGUGGACCACGGAUGACGUUCCGGGAGGUAAUGCGGAUGUUUGGGUAGAUGGAGGUUUUUGCGGGGAUGCAACGGCACCGCGUUGUACCCGAUAGAGUCUGAAUUAUAUGCGAUUCCACCUGUUAUGGACCCUUCGCGAAGAUUGGUGAACGUAUGGUGAUUAGCCCUUGCAGAGGCGUGGGGGAUCAUGUGCUGGAGGUGCAUGACGUCUACAAUAAGCUACGGCCCCGGUACGGGACAGCAAUUGAUGAGGACGCACUCGUUGAUGAGUCGUGAGUCGUGACUGGAUGGAGCUGGAUGGCUACGGUCUCGAGGUUAUAAUUAGAAUUGCAUCAUUGACCAUCCAAGCAAACUUUAUGCAGAUCAAUUUGCUUGGGAAGGUAAAUUGCCUGAUAUUG